GAGAAUUGCCUAUGCUUCAAAAUGAAAGUAAGGAAGAAGAAUCCCACAAAGUACUAAUUUGAGCAAUAAUUAUUGCUUUUACUGAUUUCACUGUCUGCUGGAAUAGUGGGAUUACAUGUUAACCUCCAACCUCCAUGAUGCAGUUGUGUUUACUUCCUGCUGUCACAGAGAGGACCUGUUGGAAGAAUACCCUCUGUUCCCGAUGACUUGUUAUAUCAAUUUUGUGGAUUUUUGAUUGUCUGAUCUACUAACACUGUUGUUUGAGACAGACCAGCGCUGCCUCUGAUAAAGAAGACACCUGAUUUAAUAUAAAUGAAGAAUGAUGCAAUAUUAAUGCUUUCUAUGUACAGCCUUAUAAGAAUCUUCUUUAAGGAGUUGCAGUAAGACAAAUACUGAAAAUAAUUUUUCUCUGGUACAAUGUGUUGAAGCAGAGGAACUGGAGUUACCUACCUUUGUAUAAGCUAAGAAAAUGUUUGCUAUUUUGUGAGUGGAGGCAGCUCUGGAGUGAAUUGAACUUCUGAAAAUGCGGCCAUGGACUGGUUCCUGGCGUUGGAUUAUGCUCAUCCUCUUUGCUUGGGGGACUUUACUCUUUUAUAUUGGCGGGCACCUGGUACGAGACAGCGAGCACCCAGAUCACUCCAGUCGGGAAUUAUCCAAGAUCCUUGCUAAACUUGAACGGCUAAAGCAGCAAAAUGAAGACUUAAGGCGCAUGGCAGAAUCUCUCAGGAUACCAGAUGGUCCCAAUGAUCAGGGGCCAGCUGCAGGAAAGGUACAUGCUUUAGAGGAGCAACUUCUAAAGGCCAAAGAACAGAUAGAAAACUAUAAGAAGCGGACAGGAGAUGCUGCAAGUACUGAUACUUUUAUGCUUUUUUUUUUUUUUUUUUUUGACCAUGAAAUACUGAGAAGGAGGAUUGAAAAUGGGGCUAAGGAGCUUUGGUUUUUCCUCCAGAGUGAACUGAAGAAGUUGAAAACUCUAGAAGGAAGUGAACUGCAGACACGCAUUGAUGAAUUUCUGUCUGAUUUGGGUCAUCAGGAAAGGUCAAUAAUGACCGACUUGUACUACCUCAGUCAAACAGAUGGAGCUGGAGAUUGGCGAGAAAAAGAGGCCAAAGAUCUAACAGAUUUGGUACAGAGAAGAAUAACUUAUUUACAGAACCCGAAGGAUUGCAGCAAAGCUAAGAAACUGGUGUGCAACAUCAACAAGGGCUGUGGCUACGGCUGCCAGCUCCACCACGUGGUGUACUGCUUCAUGAUCGCGUACGGCACGCAGCGCACGCUCAUCCUGGAGUCGCAGAACUGGCGCUACGCCACGGGCGGCUGGGAGACUGUGUUCCGCCCCGUCAGCGAGACCUGCACCGACAGAGCGGGCUCCAGCACCGGCCACUGGUCAGGUGAGGCUAAUGAUAAGGAUGUUCAGGUGGUGGAACUUCCCAUUGUUGACAGCUUACACCCACGGCCACCCUAUUUGCCCUUGGCUGUCCCUGAAGACCUGGCUGAUAGACUAAUUCGUGUACAUGGGGAUCCUGCAGUGUGGUGGGUCUCACAGUUUGUGAAAUACUUGAUUCGUCCACAGCCUUGGCUAGAAAAAGAAAUAGAGGAAGCCACAAGGAAACUUGGUUUCAAACAUCCAGUGAUCGGUGUUCACGUCCGCAGGACAGACAAGGUGGGGACGGAGGCAGCGUUCCACCCCAUUGAGGAGUACAUGGUGCACGUGGAGGAGCGCUUCGAGCUGCUCGCUCGCAGGAUGCACGUCGAUAAAAAGAGAGUCUAUUUGGCCACAGAUGACCCCUCAUUGUUGCAAGAGGCAAAAUCCAAGUAUCCAAAUUAUGAAUUUAUCAGUGAUAACUCCAUAUCCUGGUCAGCAGGACUCCAUAACCGAUACACUGAAAAUUCCCUAAGAGGUGUCAUUCUGGAUAUUCACUUUCUGUCUCAGGCAGACUUCCUGGUCUGUACAUUUUCAUCCCAGGUUUGUCGAGUUGCCUAUGAAAUUAUGCAGACGUUGCAUCCAGAUGCUUCGGCGUAUUUCCAUUCUUUGGAUGAUAUUUACUACUUUGGGGGACAGAAUGCUCACAACCAGAUUGCUAUUUAUGCUCAUCAUCCACGAACUGCUGAUGAAAUUCCUAUGGAACCUGGAGAUAUAAUUGGAGUAGCUGGAAACCACUGGGAUGGUUAUUCAAAAGGCAUCAAUAGGAAAUUAGGAAGAACAGGCCUGUACCCAUCCUAUAAAGUUAAGGAGAAAAUUGAGACAGUCAAGUAUCCUACAUACCCAGAGGCUGACAAGUAGAUUAAAAGGAAGACAUUCAGCAGUUAUUAUAAAAACAACUUGAUUUUGAUUGGUUCAGACCAGUCAACAACGCACCAACUAUUGGUUUCUAUGGAUUUGAAUUUGCAUUUUAUCAUGCAGUUAAAAUCAAAGCCUUUGCAAUGAAACUGGAGAAGAAGCUGAGAACAAGUGGAUGGGCUAUUGUCUGAACUUAGUCUUAAACAUUUUUGUUACAUGCACUCUCACACAUGCACACACAAACCCACGUACAACAGGAAAACUGUUGUUUUAUACUUCUUGUCUCUUUUCAGGAGUUGUCCCCGUCAUUAGUCUUACAUGAGCUUUGGGCUCUUUUCUCCGCCAUUAAUUGACAAUAAUGUUCAGACUUAUAACACUGCCACAUUGUGUAGUUUGAGUGACAUGAACAUAUUUUGUAUGUGCAAAAUUUGAAACAUGGUGCCUAUAUUUGAAAAGUUUGUGACCUUUUUAGAAGAGCCAUGCCUGUUUCACAAUGGGCAAGAGUCCACUUUCAUCUGGUGUUACCGUGACCACUGAACUUGCUUCAAACAACAGAUUCAGAUUUCAGACUAGAUUUCUUUACAAGUUUGGGGUUUUUUUAGCAUUCCAUUUAUUACUUCUCAUCAUUAUUAAAAUAAAGGUUACAUUCAACAAUAAAGUAGUCACUGUCUCUUAGGAGCUUUUGUAAACAAUGCCAUGAACAGAUCUUUUAGUACUGGUAAUUUCUGGACAUUGUCUUUGGAAAAAAAAACCAACAGCACAAAAUCCACAAAAGAAGGAGAAGGUAGCUGGAAUUUCAAUGAAGUUUAAAACAAUUGUGUUGUACAACAAUUGCAUAGGGCACAGUGCUGCUCAGCUUUGUGGACAGCAGGUAACAGCAGGAUUACUUCAGUGGCUAAAUUGCUUGCGUUUACCCUCUGGCACUAUUUUCUUACCUUUUCUGUUUCUCUUCUGAAAAUAAUGUGGGAUUUAGGGUAUUAUGGAUGGCCACUUAGCAUUUUGGCAAUCAACGUAAUUACUUUUAAUUAAAAUAUUUCAGGUUAUCCCAUUUAUAGAACCUGUCAGUCUGGACUACUUAAAAUCUAACAGCUUGCCCAAAAAUAGUAGGUUACAAGAAAAUAUAUGAGGAUGAAUUUUUAUGCAUGUCAUAAGAUUGUUAGUAAUUCUUAGUGUUUUGAAAUCUCUUG